UCAACUGACGAGUCCGAACAUGUUUGAAUUUUUUGUCAGUUUUACCCGCUUCUUUCUGCGAUCGAGUAGUGUUUUGGUGUUAUGGUUACACCGGCAACGGCCGUUAUCGUCUGCAGUGUAUUCAGUUGAUCGUCCGAGACAGUCGUCCGAACAGCUCCGACCCGAAAACGGCCGACGGAUCGGUUUUGGUGUACGCGAACCGUUAGUCCGAUUACCGGUUGGUGAACUGUCAAUGACUGUUGUUGACAGAAACAUUAUUGUUACCCAAUACUCUACCUAACAAACCAAAAGACCGAUUUAAUUCACUCUCAUUGAUGUCUUCAUAUGCAAUUCUCGUCGUUUAAAGUUGAACACAAUCAAAGCCGGAUCUGUAAACGUCAUUGAAGAUUUAAAAAAAAAAAAACUGUGGGAAGAAAAAAGCGGGCACUGUUUAAGUUUAAACUUUAUGCUGUUGGAGUAGAGUUGAUGUAAAAUGUUUGCUGAAUAUCCUCCAUAUUUACAACGGUACUUAUUGAAGACGUGAAAGAGCGAAGAUGAUCCUGUUACAUCGGAACUUUGUCUGCAUUCUACUGCUGAUAAUAUGCAUAAACAUAACGGCAAACGCCAAGAAGACGAAACACAAAUGCCCCAUCGGAUUCAGUUUAGCAUACACAAAAUACAAGGGCGACGACCCUAUAUGCUACAGAAGAAAAGGACCAGAAUCCUUUGCUGAUAAAUUCAAAGACUGUACAGGCAAUUUGUACACAUCAAAACUGUACCAUAGUUUGAACUUCACUGAGCCUAAUGUAAUACUAUGGACUGAUUACAAAUCCUUAUACCCUGGAGGUCCUUUUAUCGACUGGUCGUAUACAGGAUCUACAGGAGACAUUUUACUAACUACAUACGACGUAAAAUACGAUUCCAAUUUAGGAGUAGAUGAAGAAUUAUGUGUAGUUAUAGACCCAGUAACAAAUUUCACAGCAACAAGAUGUGAUGAGAACUAUUAUAGAUAUUGCUUUGUGAAGCCUUAUAAGGGAGAAGAUGAUAUGGAUAGAGAUGGAUGCAGCGAUUUGCCGGAUUAUUGGAGAUUUUACAGCCCAAGAGCUACCUGUCUAACUGCUGUCACGGGGGUUGGAGGUGGAGCUGUUAGAGCGAAUUGGAGACAAGCAAAAGACCUCUGUGCUAAAAGAGGAGGUUUUUUACUGAACAAAGGAUGGCGAUAUGCCAAUAACCCAUUACUCACGACGAAUACGAAUCCUACUAUCCCUCUAGGGAUAGUCCUGAGCAAUGAUAACUCGUCAAUAAGAUAUGACACGCCCAAUGAAGAUGCCUUGAUACCAGCAUCUGAAUGGCAAUUCGAAGAUGAAAUUGGCUCAAAUGACACAUCUCUUGGAGCGCUUCGAGACAACUUCUGGUAUAUGGUCAAUGGAUCAUACAUUUUCUAUGACGUCAUUUGUGAAAGGACACUAACAUUGAAAUCUGUUAGCCUAAACGUCUCUGUUGACCCGGACAACAAACUGGUUCUACAAACCAACGAUUCCGUGAACGAAAGGGACAUCUACUGUUUCUCUGACUCUGUUAUUUAUUUCCCAACUGCAAUUAAGGUCAAAUAUGACGACAGCACAGGCUUCUAUGUCUUAAAGCCGGUGGCUGAUGGCCACUAUUGGUGCGUCCACGUCGAUUCCACCAACCACAUAGUCUCUGAAUCCAAUAAAGCUCUCUUUAUCCGAGAAAAACAAUCUUUAAUCAACUACUACGCUAUUAAGAUUCGUCUAAAAACUGAAUAUAAGUUUGAAAAUCUGGAGCAGUUUUACAGAGACUGGGAAAGGAAAUUGGAGGAGUAUAUCUUUUACAGAACAAAGUAUUUUAAGAUUUUUGGUGAGUUGGAACUCUCUGAUGCUUCGUCAACUGAAGAGGCGUUGAAGAGUUUUAAGGCGUCACAUCCAGGGUUGAAGUGGAAGGAGGUGAUUUACAAGAUAAAGAUAAAGAGGUUAUACUUGGACGGGAAGACUGCUUUAGUCCAUGUACAGUUGAACCCAGAAAUGCUGCCGGUGCCUCCAGGUCGCUGGGACAAUGUUGAAGUGGAAUUCAUGAAACCGAUAUACUACUGUAAAGGUUUUGGAUCAAUCCCCAUGAUGGCGUUAGGGUCGACCGUCACCUCGUCCUCCUGCCGCAACUACACCUGCGUGGGCGACUUCGACGAAGGUGUCCAGUGGGUGACCACAGCCAUCGAAGAGUGCACCACCACAGCUCCCGUCGCAGUUACUGCAGACGUCCGAUUCAAUCACGAGGUCCAUCAGCUUAUGCCCACUGCUCAUCCGCUCACGACGGAAAGUUCUACGGACCAUGAUAUGCAAUACAUCCGCCAGAAUGACUCUUCUGACUCCGACGAAGACACGGAGCGACCAGAAUAUACAACAAGGCCCGGGCCACCACCAAAACCGACUACAGAGCACAUGACGACUACAGAAGAGAUCCCGACUACAACAGUUGAGGAUUCCUGGACUACAGUCACGGAGACUGUUUCCACUGUGUCUCCAACGACGUAUCCAACGGAGACCGUGUCUACUGUACGUCCAGUCCUGCCAACAACGACUACUACUCGUAGACCGCCGCCGCCGCUGCCGGAAGAACAGCUAGAACAAGUGCUAGAAGACCUAGGAAACCUGCUGCAAGAUGCAUCAGUGCCUGUGAUAAUGGAAGACGUAGAAAAUGCGUUUGACGCUGUGGACAUCCUCCUAGAAACAGAAGAAGACCUUGAGAUUCCUGGUCAACUGCUUCACCUUCUAGACGAGCUUGGAGGCAGAAUUGACCUGAAUGGUUCCCACAAAGCCACAACAAUUCGGCCUAACAUUGCCAUGGUUCUGGCCAAUGCUGAACCAGAAACUCCCGUUCGAGGGUUAAGGAUUGCUGCUCGAGAUGAUGAAGCUUUUACUGAUGAUGCCUUUGAACUUAUAACAGAAGUAAACCAGACCCAGUUAGCAUCGAACCAGAGUGAAGCAGUGGUCCACCUCCCGGAUUCAGUCGUCAACUCCUCUCGUCGCAUCAGCUUCGUCGUGUUUCGGAAUGACAGAGCCUUUCAGUCCCAAGCUGGUGUCUAUACCGUCAAUAGCAGGGUCCUGAGCAUUAAAGUCCAAAACGUGACGAAGUUUGAAAAUGGAGAGGUAAUCGACAUUCAUCUGAGUCCAAUGACGGAAAUCCCGGACAAGAAUGUCAGCCGAGCCUGCGCUUAUUGGGAAUUCCUCAACGACACCACUGAAUCCGGAUACUGGUCUCAAAACGGCUGCACUUUCAUCAGGUCCAUCGAUGACGGAGUCCUAGAUACAUGCCGAUGUACUCAUCUCACUCAUUUCGCUGAAAUAUUAGUCCCACGAGCGGUUUUCUCCGACAGAAACGAGGAUGUACUAGAAAUCCUUACUAUCGUCGGUUGUUGUUUGUCAAUAUUCGGUCUAUUCAUGAUAGGCCUAACCGCUGCAUUGUUCAGAUCUUGGAGAAGAGACUUCAGCAACAAAAUCUGGCUUCAAUUAUGUAUAGCCAUUUUCAUGUUGGUAAUUUGUUUCUUGGUUGUAGUAUUUGCUAAAUUCGAUACGUACGACAUCCCUUGUAUGCUGAUAGGAGUUUUGUUACAUUAUUCUGUAUUAGCAUCAUUUUGUUGGAUGUUGGUUGCAGCCGUAUUGUCUUAUAGAAGAUUGGUUAUAGUUUUCACGAGAGAUGCCUCUCAUAAACUUUUGAGAGCCUCUGCUUUCUCUUGGGGAGCUCCCUGUGCUGUGGUUGGUAUUCUUCUCUCAGUGUCCCCUCACUCUUAUGCGGGGCGCUACGAAGAGAAGAGCCCGAGCGGGUCGUUCUGCUAUCCUUCAGGUCUUGGUCUAUGGUUGGCCGUCUACGCACCUAUCGCUGUCAUGCUGCUCGCGAACUGGACGCUAUUUGCCCUGAUAGUUCGUUCUGUGUUUGCGUCUAGAAGGAUUCAAAGACACGGCGACUCAAACGAAGCCAUACGAUGUGCUUCAGUGAGCUGCUUAUUAGUUUUCCUAUUCGGGUUGCCGUGGCUUUUCGGUUUGUUUGCCUAUAACAUCGUAGCAGCUUAUCUUUUUACAUUGUUAGCGACUUUACAAGGGUUCGUUCUGUUCUUGUUCUUCGUGUUGGGGAAUAAGAAGACAAGGGACUUGUGGUUGAAUAAGUUGAAGAUAAAGCAGACGAGGAAGGUUCCCGUUACGUCGUCGACGUAUACGCAUAGAAGUACAGGGGCUGGUUAUAGAGGCGGAGCAGGGGCUUCUACUAUAGAAGCUAACAAUUCUAAGCCCAAAUCUCUGUCUUCUCCUGACAACUCGAGAUUCUCUUGACGAAAGACCAAUAGACCACAUAACCGGUGGUGGCAAUUUACUCCGAAUACUUAAGUCUUGCCAAUUUGAGAUUUUCCCCGCUCUUUCUUUUCUGACGAAUGUAUUUUCGAUAGUUGUUUUCUCUAGUCCUUUCGCUUUUCAUUGUAGUUACGAAAAUUAUUAGACCCGUAGCCAUGGAUGACUUGCCAACUUCAGCUGUAAAAUACUUGGUUAUGUUGGAUCCCAGCUAGCUUGUCCUCGCUACGUCGAACUAAUUCAUUUAAAAAGCAAUAUUGCUAUUUGACAUUUGCGCGUAUGCAAGUACGUGAUGUCAAUAAAUGCCAUCAUCUCCCUAGCAUUAUCCCGUUUCACACAGAGUUCGCUUACCUAAAGAUGAAGAUUUGACAGGUCCUGUUUUUGAAAUGACUGCCUGUUUGACCUUCCAACCCGCGAAUGGAAAAAAGCCAAUACAUGCUAAAAACAAAGGUCAAAUAGCAAUAUUGCUUUUUAGAUUAAUUGCUCUGAUGUGGCCUCUUAACGGCUCUGGGUAUUCAUAAUUUUAAUAAUAGGCCUAAACACGCAGGUAGAUCAGACAGGUAAUACUUAUAAAGAUUUAAGAAAAAGUGUUCAAUAUUUUGUUUUUUUUAAGUUUUAUUUUUGACUCUCCCUUAUUGCAAUGAAACGCUUAUCUAGUCUAUAGUAGUUUAAAGUUCUUCAUGUAAAUUAUUAUUUUCCGAAAAUGUAUUAUCACUUAGAAGUUUGAAAUUCGUAGCAUAUUUAAUGCGAGUUACCAAAUAUUAGGUAAAUAUUGACUAGUUAUAGCUAAUUCAGCCAAGGCUUGAUUUGGCUUGUUUAUAAGCACUUUACCAGACGACUUGGAGUAGUUUAUAAGGAUAAUUCAUUAUGUAUUUAACACUUUCACUAGUUUCAAAACGUGUGUCCUCGGCAGUGUUAGAGAAUGAGAUUUUUGUAUGCAGUGUCCGGUGUGUGUUUGGUACUACGAGGCAUGAAAUAUGACGAAUUAUCUUUAAACAUUUUUCAUUUGUCUGGAGUAUAGAAAAAAAAUGUUAAAAAACUCUAAAAGAAUGCUUGAAAAUCAACGUGACUUUAUUGUCUAGAUAUAUUCAGAUAAGUAGCAAUAGAUGGAGGAAUAAAGCUGUGCGUCUACUUGUACACCAUCGGAGCGUUAGGAUUUUCUAUGACGCGACCGAAUGAAGUUCUAUACCCCUUAUAAUGUUAUAAGGUGUAUAUCGUCGUUGCCAAUUUAAACGCUCUUAGGUACAGUCAUGAGCAAUAUAAUGUACCCACUUUAGGACUGUGUCGCACUAACAUAUUUGACAUUUCGUGAGACUUACAGUUCAAUUUGUCAAAACAGUUAAUGUGACAUGGUACCAAAGUGUAUACAUAUUAAUGCUCGUGACCGUAUGUAUCGUCCUCACCAAAUUUCUUUAUUGUCAGUAUCAAAUAGUAUUUUGCUCCUAAAACAUUCAAUACAAACUCUUAUGUACGUAAAUAUCAAUUAUCUUUUAAUAUUUUUAACACACAAAAAAGCUUCAGGCAGAAGUUUUUUUUAAUUUCAGUAAAAUUGACUCGAUUGCUCAUAAUGGAUUUUAAAUUGGUAACAACGAUUAUAUAGAACUUCAUUCGGUCGCGUAAUCUCUGUUUUCAUCUGAUAAUUCGAAAUUCUCUUGAAAGAGGCGAAAUCUCACGUUUUAAUUAUUCUAGACAUAUCUUUCGUCUCUUUUUUUUUAACUAUUGUGUCUGAAAAUCUCGGUCUUACAAGGUCACGGCCAAUCGGCCUCCGUGGUCCAGUGGUUGAGCGUUGUGCUCACGAUCCAUGGGUCCCGGGUUCGAAUCCCGGUGGGGACAAAUCACAAAAAUCACUUUGUGAUCCCUAGUUUGGUUAGGACAUUACAGGCUGAUCACCUGAUUGUCCAAAAGUAAGAUGAUCCGUGCUUCGGAAGGCACGUUAAGCCGUUGGUCCCGGUUAAUAUUUACUGAUGUAAGUACGUAGUCGUUACAUGAGUCUUGUCAGGGGCCUAUGGCGGCUCUAUAAUAACCCUGAUACCAGGGUUGAUGGGGUUGGUAAUCCAUCUCACAACCCACACGAUACCCCACAAGGUUAAACCAAGAUAGUAUCAGGCAAAACAUCCAUAGAUCCUUACGCUUCGUACGCUCCGAAUCUACCCUAGUGGACGCGCAGCUUUGAAAGUAUUUUUAUAAUUCAACCUUUUACUAAGUGGUGCUAGUGGAAGCAUAUAGAUUUUAAUAACUCUAUGGCAGCCUUAUAAUAAAAUGACUUUCCUAAUAAGUUAAGUUUAAACAGUAUUUUUAAACCAGUGUACAUACCUACCUAAAAGGUAUCUAAUAUAUGUAUAAUAUUAUGUAGAUAAGUAUAUGUAGAUGUACGGAACAAAAUAUGUAUAGUAAUCAUGUAGCAUACGAUACGACCAUUGCAUGCUAUAAGCAAAGAGGCAUUUAUUUAUAGAACAUAGUUAAAUUAUUUAAAUAAUAAAAUUACUUUAUUUAUUUA